AUGGAAUGGAGUAUAACUGUUGUUUGUCUUCACACGGCAGGUCACGAUGCAUCUACUACUUUCAAACUGCUUGAACGGCUUGGAAUUAGCAGAAUGUUUGUGUAUUGCACCAUAAAGAGGUUCGCAGAUCAUCAGAAUAUCGAUGAAAUUCCAAUGGAAGGUCGUCCUCGCACUGUGAGGUCUCCCAAGAAGGUCAAGGCUGUUGGAGCUAGAAUUCGAAGGAAUCCUCAGAAGAAGCAAAAAAUCAUGGCAAUAGAGAUGAAAAUUUCACUCAGAUUAAUGUCUAAUUUGAUCAGAGAAGAUCUAAGAAUGGGUGCUUAUCAUCAACGUACUGGAUACAUGCCAACUCCUUCAUUGAAAGCGAUCAGAGUGACAAGAUCCUAA